CCGACACACAUCGUCUUCAUCCACUUGACGCGAAAUGUCCCUUACUCGUCUCUUCAACGACCCCUUCUACUCUACGUCGGAGUUUGACCGCCUCUUCGACGACGCACUCACGAGGCGCGUGGACGGCAACCGGCAGGUCGCCUCACAGCGCAACAACUCGACCAUGAUGAUGACGCCGAGGAUGGACAUGCACGAGGACACGAAGGCCAACACAAUCACCGCGAUAUUCGAGCUGCCGGGCCUGAAAAAGGACGACGUCACGAUCGAGGUGCAUGACACCAUGCUGACCGUUUCCGGCGAGUCGAAGCAGCGCAGCGACCACGACGAGAACGGGUAUGCCGUCCGCGAACGCCGCUACGGCAAGUUCUCGCGCGCGAUUCUGCUGCCGCCUGGCGUGAAGUCGAACGAGAUAAAGGCAAUGAUGGAGAACGGCGUGUUGACUGUGAUGUUCCCUCGCACGACGCCUGAGCAGGUUGCGAAGAGGAUUUCCAUCAACUGAAAUGCUCUGAGAUUUGCCGUGAGGAUGUGCAUGUAACACUGAAUGUACAAUAUUGUCGAAUGUGAGAGUGGCUUUGCUUUGCCAU